UGACAAUGGUCUGAGACUUUCGUGAGUGUAUAUAUACUCCCAAGAGUUACCUGUAGGUUCAUUUGACUCAGAAUGAAGCUUUGGAUCUUUAUCCUAGUGUCAGGUGGCCUGUGUGGCGCCUCGCUGUCGUCUGCUCCCCUGCCCCAGCAUGGAAUCACGUGCCCGCCGCCCUCCGUCAACUUGGACGGUCACUGCAUCUUGGUUGAUAUGGACAACAUGGGCAUCUGGCAUGACAUGAGGGCAGCCUGUCAAGAGCAAGGCGGCGACAUGGCGAAGGUGCACGACCCCAACUUCAUGACAACCCUCGUCGACCAUAUCCAGUGUCUAGGAUACAACGAGGAAUUCUACUGGCUGGGCGGGACGGACGAGGAGAAGGAGGGCCACUGGAAAUGGGUGGACGGCACCGACAUUCGCAUGGGCUUUCCCCUCUGGUUCCACUGCGAGAACGUGGUGGAACCCAAUUCCGGGGACCACGCCGACUGCCUCGUCUCGGCCAAGAACGCCUAUUUCUAUUUGCGAGACCAGAACUGCAUCAACUACUACCAUCCCAUUUGCGAGUUCCCUCCCGUAGGCGAUGUUACCACGACCUCGCCGAUGCCCAGCGAGUCAGCUACUCCCACCUUGGCAUCGACAACUCCCCCCGAGAGGACCCCCACACCAUACUCUACGCUUUCAGUUCAAAAAUGAGUCAUCUAUCAUGUUUGUAAGUUUCUAAAAGGCGAUGACGAAGCUAUGUUAAAAGUAAUCUUUUCUUCCCACUUCAGAGAGUUUCCCCUUUCUUGAUAAUCUAAAAAGUUCGCUGUGUCUUUGCCUAAAAACGCACCAUAUUAAACCAACGUUCUUUAGGGGCAAUGGGUUUUCUUAUAAAAAGAACUGGCAUGCAUACUCUUUCAUUUGAUUUAAAAUAUACUACGUAAAAAUAUUCG